AUGGCUAAAGAAACAGUCAAAACCGUUGUACCAUCAGAGGAUACACCCAACAAAGAUAAACAAAAGUUAAAAGAAAAAAAUGAGAACAAGGCAGAUGCUGAGAAAGACAAAAAGGACGAAGAAUUGUCAGAAGAAGAUCUUCAGCUUAAAGAUGAAUUAGAAUUGCUGAUUGAAAGAUUGAAGGAGGAAAAUGUCGAUCUUCAUAGACCGGCUUUGGAGAGCCUUCGUGUUCACAUUCGAACAUCUACUAGUUCUAUGACCUCCGUUCCAAAACCAUUAAAGUUCUUGAGACCUCAUUAUGCAACCAUAACUGAGAUUUACCUAAGUUGGCCAGAAAGUGAUAAUAAACAUUUUUUGGCUGACAUUUUGUCUGUAUUGGCAAUGACUUAUGACGAAGGAAAAAGAGAUUCAUUGAAAUAUAGAUUAGAAGGAUCACGUGAAGAACCUGGUUCUUGGGGACAUGAAUACGUACGGCACUUGUCAACUGAGAUUGGACAAGAAUUUUUAUACCGUCAAGAAAGUGAUAAACCCACCGAAGAUCUCAUGAACCUUGCAUUAGAAAUUGUUCCUUUCCUCUUAAAGCAUAACGCCGAAGCUGAUGCUGUUGAUUUAUUUUUAGAGCUGGAGGCAAUUGACAAAUUACCACAAUUUGUAGAUAAAGAUACUUAUCCACGAGUGUGUCGGUACAUGGUUAGCUGUGUAAAUUUGUUAGUCUUUCCUGAUGAUGUUUCUGUUCUAAAAACAGCCCAUCAAAUAUAUUGUCAACACAACAAAUUUACCGAAGCAGUAUCCCUUGCUAUUCGACUAGGAAAUGAAGAUUUAAUAAAAGAAAAUUUUGAAGCAGCUGGAAAUUUUGACCCCCUCUUGCAAAAACAAAUAGCUUUUCAAUUAGCAAGACAACAUAUAACUUUGCCAGUUGAUAAUGAAGAACUUCUUGAAAUAAUUAAUAAUACUCAUUUAUCAAAACAUUUCAUUGCUUUAGCGGAGGAAUUGGAUGUAAUGGAACCAAAGACUCCAGAGGAUAUAUAUAAAAGCCAUUUAGAAAAUAUUCGUCCUGGUUACACAAGUGGAAAUGUUGAUUCUGCAAGACAAAAUUUAGCUUCAACAUUUGUAAAUGCAUUUGUAAAUGCAGGGUUUUGUACCGACAAAUUAGUAUCCAUAGAAGAUGGAAAUGCGUGGCUUUUCAAAAAUAAAGAACAAGGAAUGUUAAGUGCUGCUGCCUCGAUUGGUUUGGUUACAUUAUGGGAUGUAGACGCUGGGUUAGUAUGUAUUGAUAAAUAUUUAUAUUCUAAAGAAGACUAUAUUAAGGCAGGUGCUCUUCUUGCAAUAGGAUUAUUUAAUACAGGAGUACGUAAUGAAAAUGAUCCUGCAUUUGCAUUACUUUCUGAACACAUCGAGUCUCCAAAUCUAAAUAUGAGAAUAUGUGCCAUUGUUGGUCUUGGAAUGGCGUACGCCGGCUCACAUCGGGAAGAUAUUCAAGAUAUUUUAUUACCUUUAGUUAGUGACACUAAUCUAAGCAUGGAAAUAGCAUCAGUGGCAGCUUUGUCUCUAGGGUUGAUAUUUGUUGGAAAUUGUAAUGGUGAUAUUACAAGCACAAUAUUGCAAACUAUGAUGGAACGAGAAGAUUCUCAAUUGAAAGAAAUAUGGGGCAGGUUUAUGGGACUUGGUUUAGCUCUUUUAUAUCUUGGAAAACAAGAUGCAGCAGAAGUAACAUUAGAAACUUUAAAGGCAAUCGAACAUCCUAUCAGUAAACAAGUGGAAGUUCUUGUAGAAAUUUGCUCAUAUGCAGGAACUGGCAAUGUACUUAAAGUGCAAAAUAUGAUGCAUAUUUGCGAUGAUCAUUUAGAUAAAGAGAAAGAUGAGGAUUUACAUCAAGCAUUUGCAGUUUUAGGUGUAGCUUUGAUUGCCAUGGGUGAAGAUAUUGGCGCAGAGAUGGCAUUAAGAAUGUUUAACCAUCUGAUGCAUUAUGGAGAGCCAGUAAUUCGUCGCACGGUUCCCCUUGCCUUGGGUUUACUUUGUGCCUCAAAUCCUCUUCUAAAUGUCCUAGAGACAUUAAGUAAAUAUUCACAUGACAACGAUGCAGAUGUUGCCAUAAAUGCAAUAUUUGCUAUGGGACUUGUUGGAGCUGGAACAAAUAAUGCACGAUUAGCACAAAUGUUGAGACAACUCGCAUCUUAUUAUCAUAAAGAUGCUAAUUGUUUAUUUAUGGUCAGAAUAGCACAGGGUCUAUUACAUAUGGGUAAAGGAACCAUAUCAAUAAACUCGUUUCACUCUGACAGACAAUUAUUGUCACCUGUAGCAAUAGCCGGAGUUUUAAUAACUUUAAUUGCUUUUACAGACACUAAAACGCUCAUACUGGGCAAAUAUCAUUGGUUUUUGUAUUAUUUGGCAACAGCAAUGUAUCCUAGAUUCUUAAUUACACUUGAUGAAAAUUUAAAUAGCUUACCUGUCACAGUUCGUGUAGGACAGGCAGUUGAUGUUGUGGGACAGGCCGGUAGACCCAAAACGAUUACGGGCUUUCAAACACAUUCAACACCAGUGUUAUUGGCACAUUCCGAACGUGCAGAACUAGCAACAGAAGAAUGUAUCCUUUAUUAUUUUUGUUGCGAAGAUGUUAAUUUUGUUUGUUAUAAUUAUCAUAAUAUUAUCACCUUAACUCAAAACAAAUCUUUAGAUAUAUCAUUAUCUCAUAUUCUUGAAGUUAUAAUGAAGAAUGUUUGGGAUCUUGAAGAAGUAGUUACUACGCCCAAUUUAGCUCUUAGGUUACAUUCCAAAAUUAUAAAGCAGAUAGCACAAUUUUUAGAGUCACAACUAGAUCGAUACAACUUAUGUUUAGUUAACAAGACAUGGUCACCAGUAGCUAAGAGUGUGUUGUGGUCAGAGCCAAAUUUCAAGACACCGGAUUCUCUUCGCUUUUUUCUACGAGCAGUUAAAGAAUCAAGACAAUGCGCUUUAAGAGUUCAAUCUCUUAAUCUAUGUGCACCAGAGGAAAAUAUCACUAGCGACAUUUUCCUACCUGUAUUAAAUUCCGAGCGACAAGAGCAUAAAAUAAUGUCAACCUAUGUCAUAUCAAGACCAAAUUUCAUAUUAAAUCUUGUAAAGAUAUGUGAAAAUAUACAAAAAAUUAAAGUUUAUGGAUGGAAUUUAUCUGAUAAUCAUCUACAAUCAUUAUCACAAAAUUGUCCAAAACUCAAGGAAAUUUUAGCAUUCUAUUCAUCGAUAAAUUAUAUGCAUGAUCUUUGUGUGUUGGAUUUAGAUGGUGAUUUUAAUCUGUCUGAUGGCUUUGCAGAAAUACUACCAACCAGAUGUCCAAUGCUUGCUUCACUUAAACUUUCGACUAAAUCAAUGACGGAAAAAGGAUUUGAUUCACUAGCAAAAAAAUUUACUAAACUUACUAACCUAAUAUUACAAAAUUGUCCUCAUCUUAUCGAUGAAAACAUUGAAAGUUUUGUUAAAAAAAAUCCUAAACUACAAAAACUUCAAUUAUUAAGUAAAGGCCUUACUAUCAAAACAUUUCAAGUGGUGAUAUAUUAUGCAAAGGAACUAGUAUAUUUUGAUUUUAGAUGCUUACAAGAAGAAAUUAGUAUUUUACCAAACGAGAUGCAAUGGUUAAGGCCAGUUUGUCAUAAUUUGGAUACACUUAUACUUGAAAAUUUACCAAUUGAUGACCAUAUAAUUUCAACUAUCGUUAUACAUUGUAAAAAAAUGAAAAAUAUUGGGCUUUCAAAAUGUUCAAAUAUAACUGAUGAUUCGAUCAAUAGCAUCGCAUCUAAUCAGAAAAAACUUUGUUUGAUAAAUUUAGUUGAGUGUAGGAACAUUACAGAUCUCUCUCUUAAAUAUUUAGAUUCAUGUGGUUCAUUUGCACCAGAAGCUAUACAUUGGUUUGUCAAUGUUUCACCAAAACUCGAAAAAAUAAUUUUGCAUGGGAUGCCAUCAAUCAUCAAUUCUUUUAUCUAUCAAUUUUCUGCAGAAUAUCAACAAAAAAAGCAACAAAAUGGAAUAUAUAAUUCAAUUGACGCUAAAGCAAAAUGCACUCUCAUUAAAUUGUCGUUAGAAUUGGGUUUACCUACAAAUGUUAUUGAUCAUACAAAACAUACUUUUAUCACCACCGCCACUGCAACCGCAACCACAUCUUCAAUUCCUGCAUCAGCGCAACAUCGACAUGAUUCGUGGACUACAGUUAUUAAAAAAACACGAAGUUGUUGGUCAUCAAUUAAUAUAAAAUUACCUAGUCUUCACUGUCCUCCACCUCCAAAACAAUUACUAAAUCCAUCAACACCAUCAUCUCGGUCAAUUUAUGAUAAUAAUAAUGAUAAUGCAGUAGAAGUGGGUAACGAUAAGCAAGUAAAUAAUGAAUUAAAAUCAACAACAAUAAAAGGAUAUAAAUCGUCAUGGAAUAAACCUGUUGGAGGUGAAGAUGAUUUAGGUGGAUGGGCAGAUUUUGGAAUCCAGUCAUCAAGACAUGACUAUAACAAUAAAGAUAAAGAUGCCGUUGUUGUGGACUCCCAUCAACAAAAUAUUUCCAAAUUAUUCAUCUCGCCUGACUCCAUUAACAAUGAUUGUGAUGUUAAUGAUGAUAAAGAAAUAUUAGUUGAUAUUGGUACUUGGGAUAAACCGGGAUCAGUAAUAGAUAUGAUUUGGGAUUCCAGUGCAACUGAACAAUCAAACUCUGACAAUACAAUUGAAGUCGAAGAGGAGGAGGAAUCGAUUAAAAAGAGAUGGGGAACACCACCUGAAAGUGCUAUUGCAUGGAAUGAUCCUCGACAAGGGGAAAAAGUUCAACGACAACAUCAGAAAGAAGAAAGUUGUCAUAAGGAAGCAUGUGCAAUCCAAGCCUGUCUUCAAAAAAACAAUUAUCAAGAGUCAAAAUGUCAAGAAUCGAUUAAUCAAUUGUAUCAAUGCUGUGAAAAAUUAUUGAAAUCAGGUGGAGAAUCAGCAAGUUGUUCAAAGAAGAUAAUGAAAAAUAAGGAUUUUUUGUAA